UGCAUGGAGCGAUUAUUUACAUACGACCCCUGGACCUGUCCCUUGUGGCCUCUAUCGUCAUGGUGACCACUCCGUCUCCCACGGCGACUGCUGCGUCUCCCACGGUGACCAUUGCUCCUCCUCUUCCUCUGAGGGUUUACAGCAGGUUUAUUUCAGCUCCAUAACAUCUGAGCACCUGGGGACACGGGCAGAGAUGGUUCUUCUGUGUAAAUCUGCAGUGCUCUGGCUGCUUCUGGUUUGGACAAAGUGGGUAGGUGCAUGUAUUUGCCCCAGUGCCACUGUCCUGUCGCUACCCCCCUCCAUAGCGCCUCCUGGUGGCUGCUGUCUGAACCUCUCUGGCUCUGCUCUGGGACUUUUAAACUGGGCAUGGUUCAGUAAUGUCUCUGGUCUGGAGGUACUGGACUUGUCCUACUGCAACAUCACUCACAUCCACAAGGCGGCUGCAGACAGAGGACCCUCCAGUCUGACCAAACUGUUCCUGAACCACAACACUCUGCUCUCUGUCCCAAAAGACCUCUUGUCCUCUAUGUUUAAUCUGACGGAGCUGGACCUCCAGGGGAACCAACUCUACGACCUGUCCCCAGACCUCCUCCAAGACUCAAACCAGAUCCAAAAACUCAACUUGAAACAAAACAAACUCCACUUCCUCCCAGCGGCCAUUUUAAAGAAGCCCAGUCUGACCACUCUGGACAUAGAGGAUAACCCAUGGGACUGCUCCUGUCAGUUCAUAGAGGAGAUAGAACUGUCCUAUAACGGCAACCGCUCGACUGGUCCGGGUGCACUUGCUAACCUCACCUGUGCGUCUCCGCCUUCUCUGGAUGGGCGGGAGGUGUUAGGUGUGAGUGUGGGAGAGGCGUGCCACCCGACUCGGCUGACCGCGCUCUUCAUCGCCCUCCCGCUCUUCAUCCUCUCCGCCCUGGUCCUCUGCUGGUGUUGUGGGCAGCCCAAGAGCAAGGAGGCACCAACGUUUAACGGCAAGAAGAAAGGCCAUAAUAAUCACAGUAACAGCCACAAAGAGCUUUCCAAACCUCCAACUUCUGAUUUAACCCAGGAUCCCAAAUCUGAGUCUAUUGUCCAAAACCAGCUCUUACUGCGCCCCUCCUCCGCCCUCCUCAGCAGCACCAGGGACAUCUACCAGGAAGUGGAGGGCAGGCUGGGCUCUGUGGACUCCUUACCCAUGGAGGGCUCACUCUGCUCCAGCCUGGGAGAUGGCAGACCAGGCUCCCAGGUGGUGGUGGAGGUGGAUGCAGUGAGCGUGACUGAAGUACUGAGAGAUUCUACAGACAGGGAGAAAGCGUAUCUGACCCAGUCCACGGAGUACUACAGUCUAGUACCCGGGCUGCAACUGGACGAUUCGGACCAUGGAGAGUUUGACAAUGUGGAUUUAACAUGAAAUUACAAGAAUAUAGAGGAAAAGACUGGGAUAGCUUUUUUAUAUAUAUAAAUGCUCUAUUAAAGGUGCGUUGUGUAACUUCUGAUGAUUCCUGCCUAGAAUGUUUCACAAUAUGGCAGACAUUAAGCUUAUCCAUGUUUAUUCUAGUGUUAUCACGAUACCAAAAUUUCAAACUUGAUAUCAAUACUAAGGAAUGGACUCCAUACUCAAUUCCAUAACUAUGAUGAUAAUAAAAAACACUUUUUUAUUUAAACAUUUAAUCAUAGUACUUUUUGUUAUAUUACCAUGUGGUCUUAUAUCCAGGUAGGUUCCACAGAGGUCCAUGUGUGUAUACUAGUCUAUGUGUCUUAUACUUGUUCUGAUACAGCUCAAGAUCAUUCUAAUGUUAUUCAGGAAAGAUGUCUGUGUAGACCCUCAGUCGUCCAGGUCUGAUUCAUAGCAAACAACAAAGUUCAAAUCUGUCAACUGGACAAAUUGUUGUAGGAGUGAAAACGUUUCGCUGCUCAUCCAAGCCGCUUCUUCAGUUCUGAUCAGAUUACUGGUGAAUACCUUAUAUCUAUCUGAGGGGAGGGGCUAACCACACUGAAACUGUAA